AUGCUCACUAGUGUUGAUUCGGAUUCAAUUGGCUAUAUUAUUUCUUCAGAUAGUAGUGGAUAUUCGUAUUCAGAUGGGGACGAAUGGUCUCCUUUAAAAGGUGAACCAAGUUCUUCAAUUGUGCCCAUUUGCUCAACUGAGCCCGAGAAUUUCAAAAAGAUAGUUGAGAAAGAAACUAAGCUUAUUGAGUAUAAGCCUGUUAAAAUAACGGGCAUUGGCAUGUGUAAUUUAGGCAACACAUGCUUUUUAAAUGUGGUUGUGCAAUCUUUUAUGCACACUGUCGUGUUACUUCAGCUCCUUAGAUCUAUCGAUCAUGUAUCUCCAUGUCAAUCUUACUAUCACGGAUUUUGUGUAGUGUGCAUAAUCCGAGAGCUUAUUGAUGUUUUGAUAUUUUAUGGGAGGUUUUCUGUCAGGCCGACGAAACUUGUCAGCCAAUUGAAAAAUUUUUCGUCUUACUUCGGUCAGAACCAACAAGAAGAUGCACACGAAUUCCUACAGUGCUUUCUUAAUCAACUUGAAAUUUGUUGCGACUAUUUAGAGACAAAAGACAACUUAGUGAUGGAGGUCUUUGGAGGUUACCUUGUGAGCAAGCUCUGCUGUUGCAAUUGUGGUCAUACAUCUAUCACACGCGAGGCUCUAAUUGACAUAAGCUUGGAGAUUGAGGACGUUGACAGUACACAGGGGACAUUUGGGAAGCAGCUCCUCAUCGAUCAUGCCCCCACUGUUGCUACCCUACAUUUGAAGAGAUUCAAAAAUAAUGGGUUAGUUGCUCAGAAGGUAGGAAAGCAUGUUUUAUUUCCUCUGGAAUUGGACAUGCUUCUUUAUACCAAUGACAUCAAUAACGAAGAAAUGAAAUACGAUCUCUACGCAGUUAUAGUGCAUUCUGGACCUUCAAUCUCUUCAGGACACUAUUACACCUUCAUUCGUUGUGCUCCAAAUGAAUGGUACAAAUUUGAUGACGAGAAGGUUGAUUAUGUUCAAGAAGAUCUUGUUUUGGCAGAAGAGGCAUAUAUCAUGUUUUAUGCAAAGCGAGGCACUCCGUGGUUUUUCGAUUACAGUCAAACCCACAGGCCCUUCAUCAUUCGUCCACGAAGAGUUGUUCGAGGUCAUCCUGCUAGGAGGAAUGUUGAUCCCCAAGAUCAAGUGAUCAUGCCUCCUCGUACAGAUUAUGCAAGGAACACUAAUGGCCACAACGCUGAUGCACUUUUGGCCCAGAGUGUAGCCAACCAGAACAAUUUGCAGGUUCCAGUUCCUGCAAAUCCUAGUGGUGGAUUAGUGGUAGCUAGGGUUUAUGAUUUUGUUAGGAUGAGUCCGCCUGAGUUUCUAGGGUUGCAAGUUGGUCAAGACCCCCAAAACUUAAUUGAUGAGGUCAAGAAGAUCUUUAGAGUGAUACAAGUGACUGGAAAUGAUAGGGUAGAGUUGACGUCAUACCAGCUCAAGGAUGUAGCUCCCAUUUGGUUCACUCAAUAG